UCAUUUUUCUCGUACUAAAAAUCCACAAACACAAAUCUCCAUGAUUCCCUCUAUAGGAAAUUAGAAAUCCUCAACCCCUUAAACCUUGUGCUAUGGAAUUCUUCUGAUUCAAUUAUAUCAUCAAAUGGCUUCAAUUUGCCAACGCAUAGUAAACAGAGCAUCAGCAUCCGCGAAAUACGCCAUUAGAAAACCUUCAAAGUCAUCUCAAGCUUCUCCUUCUUUUUCUGGAUAUGCUAAAUCAUCUUCUGCACUUCCUUCUUCCUCACCAUCCUUCAGCAGCAAGCUUAAGUCUCCAAUGAAGCAACUUGGAUGUCUUCAGUCCCUUUUGCCUCUGCAUAGUGCAGUAGCAACAGCCAGGCUAACUUCAUGUCUGAAUGAUGGCUCGAGGAGUUGUCAAGCUCUCUCACAGGAUGGAGUUGAUGGAACGUGAACGUUUUCUUUCUUGCCACCAUGAAGAGCUUGGUCUAUCGGUCCCGAGGUGAUUCCAUGUAAGGCCUCCACUUAUUAUCAAGGAUGUCUUUUGGUAAUCAGUGUUUUAUGCAUCUCUGUUUUGGUAUUUUUUACACAAGUUCUCCGAAGCUUGUACAGUGUUCAUCCUAUGUGAAUCAUGGGUUUGGAUUGAUUUCUAUACACACUUACAGGGAAUUUGGAAGUUUGUUCUAUGAAAAGACAACUAAGUAGGUGUUUUUUUUUGUUUCGACGCAACAAAUUAGGUGUUCAGUAGCCAAGUCUUCGGCUAAUAUUAAAGCCCCGACAGACCACAUGAGAAGAGAACAAUUAAAGUUCCUUAUUGCCAGCCUUCCUAAUAUGAACUUGAUGAAUCUUUCUUUAUCUCCUCCUUGUCAUAUUUUGCUAGUUUUGUACUUCAUGAUGUUACUAUCCUGAACUCCUUUGAGAUCCUACACAUACAGGUUCAGAUUAUCUGGCUUAUCUUAAUUAGUUAUUUCUUCUUCCA